GAACAGAACAGAGAAGCAGAACUGUCAACGUCGUGUUAUUAUCAAAGCACCGGUUUGACUUUUGUGUACACACAACAAAUAAGCACAUUUCUUUUUUAUGACUACAACUGAAGAGGAGGAUGUGACUGGAUAGAGUGAUGAGGCCACAAAAAUUAUUGGGAGUUGUGAUAUUUGUGACCGUUCAUUUGUUGGUUAUAUGCGUGAAUGCCAAAAAAGUGCCUCCCCAAAUCAAACAACCAUUAACGUGCCAGUACAAAGAUUUUUUUUAUUCUCAUUUUUAUUGUGAUAAUUCCGAUAAGCCGUCAAUUUUUGGCGACGCUACACACAACAUUAACAAAUGUGCACAAUUUCAAGCUAACAACAGUGCACCAGUAAUUUUUCUACUAUACGAUGUCAAUUCGGUGGAAGGAUUCAAUUUGCGUCGUGAUGUGUAUAUUCGCAUGGCCGUUUUCCUGAAAUCUCUACGCAAACGACACAAUUAUGUCAAUUCAUACUUGGUAUUGCCACCAUUCUAUCAAUUGUACCAUUGGAAUUUAGUCACCCCAUAUCGUUACCGAAACAACGAAGUCAACGAUGACGACAUCAUGUUUUGGAAUCAUUUUUUCGAUCUGGACAGCAUAAAACGAUACACGUCGAUCAUCGAUUUGUGGGAAUAUUUCGAGAUUAUGCGUGAUUGCCACGGGAUGAAAUCACACAUAGUGAUUGACAAUGUAUUCCAUUUGCAACAUUUUGAGAGCAUGUUUCAGAGUGGUAAAUUCGAGGAGAAGUUCGAGGUACAAACCAACUGUGAUCGUGAUUCAUUCCGAAACCGUGGACAAUUCCUUAGUUUGUACAGCAAUUUUAGCAUUCGGCAUACGCAUUGCGUUGAAUUUCAGGGCUCAGCUGGACUCUUAUAUAAUCUGCUGCAAAAAUACCCAAAAAGAUAUGGUGCAAAAACGUAUUCGAUUGCAAUGUUGAAUGCUGAAACUGUUCUGCAUGAUUAUUGGGGCGGUGCCGAAUACUGGAUGGCAAGGCGAUCGAUGCGAUUCAAUUCAUAUUUGGUGGAAAUUGCUGAUGCAUUUCGAAGUGAUAUCUUCAACUCGACCGAUGAAUUCGAUGGCACUAAAAAACCGAGUGACUGGAGAAAUGAGACGGAACAUCGCAAUGCAAAAGGUGGAAGUUAUGUAUGUGGUCAUUUAAGACGAGCGGAUUUUGUUCAAGGAAGAGAAGAGACAACACCAUCACUUCGAUCAGCCGCAACACAAAUUUUAGUCAAGCUGAAAGAGUUGCACAUAAAAAAUGUGUUUGUGUCCAGUGAUUGUACGGGGCAGGAAUUCCGUAGUUUCAAAUCAUUCUUAAGUAGAUAUCGUGUCACAAAAUUCAUGCCAUCGUCCAUGGAGGAACGUGAACGAUUGAAACCUGGUGGCAUUGCCAUUAUUGAUCAAAUUAUUUGCUCCCAUGCUAGAUAUUUCAUCGGGAGCUAUGAAAGUACAUUCACAUACCGAAUUUAUGAAGAACGUGAAAUAAUGGGAUUUCCCACCGAAACCACGUUCAAUACAUUUUGCAAGUCAUCACACGAGACAGAAAAAUGUUCACGUAAUUCCAUUUGGCCAAUUGUCUAUUGAAUUUGCCUACAUAGAUGAAAGUUAAAGAGAAAAUGAAUUCGGAUGAAGUAGAAUAAUACAACAAUUGAAUCAGAGUCAUCAUAAGUUAACAAAAUCUCAUUAGUAGAAUUAAAUAAUUUGGAAAAAUAAUGAGAAAUGUUGCUUUUUUUUUAGAUUAGUACCAACAGUAGAUGUAUCAAAUGAGCCUAAUAAUUUAGAUAAUAAAAUAGUUGUUGAAAUUUGUAGUUUAAAAACAA